AUGGCCUCGACCCUUUUCUCCAGAAGUUUCUUGGCCGCAAGUCACCGCUUCAUUACUCCUUCUCUUCUUCCCCAAAAGACUCUUAAUUUCGCCGCUUCUCUUAGUAAAAGAGCAUUCUACUCUCAGGUAGGCUCCGGUUCUACAGUCUAUAACUCAACUUCAUGGGCUCGAGCCAUGGCUUCUACUGGAGUUUGGUCAAAAUCCAGCUACUCGACGUCAUCUGCAUCAACCAAUGAACCUGUUGUUUCUGUUGAUUGGCUCCAUGCUAAUCUUAAAGAGCCUGAUUUGAAGGUUUUGGAUGCUUCAUGGUACAUGCCAGAAGAGCAGAGGAAUCCGAUCCAAGAAUAUCAGGUUGCUCAUAUUCCUGGUGCCCUCUUCUUUGAUUUGGAUGGAAUAUCAGAUCGAACAACAAGUUUGCCACAUAUGUUGCCAUCUGAGGAAGCUUUUGCUGCUGGAUGUUCUGCUCUUGGAAUCGAUAACAAAGAUGGUGUGGUUGUUUAUGAUGGAAAGGGCAUCUUUAGUGCAGCCCGUGUAUGGUGGAUGUUUAGAGUUUUUGGACAUGACAAAGUUUGGGUGCUCGAUGGAGGUCUACCGAGAUGGCGUGCUUCAGGUUAUGAUGUUGAAUCUAGUGCAUCAGGUGAUGCUAUUUUGAAAGCCAGUGCCGCAAGUGAGGCUAUAGAGAAAAUCUAUCAAGGACAAAUGGUCAGUCCAAUAACCUUUCAGACGAAGUUCCAGCCACAUCUAGUGUGGAAACUUGAUCAGGUCAAGAACAACAUGGAGGAUCCGACUUAUCAACACGUAGACGCUCGUUCCAAAGCCAGGUUUGAUGGUACCGCUCCAGAACCCCGUAAGGGAAUAAGAAGCGGUCAUAUCCCUGGAAGCAAGUGUGUCCCUUUCCCUCAGAUGUUUGAUUCUUCUCAAACACUGUUACCGGCAGAAGAGCUGAAGAAACGAUUUGAACAAGAAGACAUCUCACUAGACAAGCCGAUCAUGGCCUCGUGUGGGACUGGCGUAACAGCUUGUAUCCUGGCAAUGGGGCUUCACCGGCUAGGGAAAACCGAUGUGCCAAUCUAUGAUGGGUCGUGGACUGAAUGGGCAUCAGAACCAGACUUGCCCAUGGAAGGUGAUGAAUCAUCCUCAUGA